CGAUCCCAUUCUCUUGAUACUAUGUGCCUAAUAAAACAUACCUAUUAAUUAAGCAAUUCUAUUGUGAAUAGUUCGCAAUGAUAAGGUGUUAGCAAAAACAGCUGUUUUCUAAAUUCUUUUGUUUUGAGAGUUCCUCCCACAAAUCAAUAAGACUAGUCUUUGAUUUUCGUAAUGUUUUCCUAUCUGCAGGGCCAGAGAGUUAACCUGCAGUUGCUUCAGGAGUCCUCAAGUCGUCAAUUAACAAAUCUAUUGGAUAAACUCGAAGGUACUAAGGCCAUUAUUUUGGACGAUGCUUUGCUGGGUCCACUCGGACUGCUGGCACCGCCCAGCCUGUUUUCUGAGCGUAACAUUAAAUUGAUUAAACUGGAGAAGGAAAUUCGUAUGCCGAAAGAUUUUGCAAAUAUCAUCUACCUUGUUCGGCCACUGCUUAACAUAAUGGAUAAUAUUGCUGGACAAGUGUUAAAAAAUUCUGACAAAUCUCGGACAUUUCACAUGAUUUUUGUACCCAGAUGUUCAGGUUUGUGUGCCAAGCAUUUGGAGCAAAAAGGUGUUUUGGGUAGUUUUGGUCUAUGGGAAGAGUUGCCUUGGAAUUUCUAUCCCAUGGACAACGAUUUGAUUUCCAUGGAAAAUCCUACAGCAUUUAGAGAUGUCGGCAUCGAUGGUGACCCUACGGCAUUGUAUCAAGCGGCAGUUGGUCUCGUGCAGUUGCAACGCAUCUAUGGCCGAAUUCCCAAAAUCUAUGGCAAAGGCACCAUGGCCCAAGGCGUUUGGGAACGAGCAAAGAAAUUGGGUGCAGAGGAGAAAUUACUGUCUACUGGCGAAAAGGGCACAAUAGAUCAAAUUAUUUUGCUAGAUCGCCAAAUUGAUCUACUUAGCGCCUUUGCAACCCAACUAACGUACGAAGGCCUAAUUGAUGAAUUCUAUGGUAUUAAGCAAAAUCAAUUGACCAUGCCAGCCGAUUUAUUUACAAAAGGCACCGACAGAGAAGCAUCACCUGCACAUAUGACGUCGGAAAAAAAAGUAUUUAUGCUCAACUCUGGCGAGAUACUGUAUGCUGAACUACGCAAUAAGAACUUUAACGAGGUGGGUAAAAUAUUGUCUCGCAGUGCCAGAGAUAUAAGCAACGCCAUGAAUGCCAGUACACAGGAAAAUUCUGUGCAGGAAAUGAAAAGAUUAGUUGACAAAUUGCCGGCAUUAUUGGCACAAAAGCAAUCUGUUGCAAACCAUACCACAAUUGCCGAGCUUAUACGAAAACAUUUGGAUGCCUUUGAAUUCACCGAUGAUUUGGCUGCUGAACAGGAGUUUAUGAUGUGUGAAGACAUAGACAAGCCUAGUGCCUAUAUUGAAGAUUUAAUGGCCAAGAAGACUGAUUUCACGAAGGUACUGCGUUUGAUAUGCAUACAGUGCGCGGCGGCAUCAGGCUUCAAAGAGAAGGUUUUGACGUAUUACAAACGUGAAUUGGUACAUGUUUAUGGCAUAGAAGCCCUACUAAAAAUAAGUAGUCUCGAAAAGGCAGGCGUCAUCUAUACACAAUCGGAAUCUAGAGCCUAUGCAGUAUUAAGAAAGACUUUGAACCUAACUGUUGAUGAAGUAAUCGAAGUGAAUCCCAAGGAUGUAAGUUAUGUCCACAGUUUCUAUGCUCCUCUUACGGCUCGCAUUGUGGAACAAUCUCUGAAACCUUUGGGAUGGCAAUCGCUAAAGAGCCAGAUUAAUAACUUACCAGGACCAACAUUUGAAGACUUUCAGGCACCGUUAAUUGGCAUUGGAGGCAGGCAUUCUUCAACGCCUAGCGAAGGUUCCUCCCUAAACAUUCCACGUGUGGUAUUAGUUUUCUUUGUUGGUGGUUGUACUUUUGCUGAAAUCGCAGCAUUGCGCUUCUUAGCACAAGAUGAGGACAAACAUGUAGAAUUUGUCAUUGCCACCACAAAGAUAAUUACAAAAAACACAUUUUUAGAAAAUUUAUUACAAUAAAGCAGUUCGUACUCAAUGAUCUACUAAACGAUAAUUUAUGCAAUAUAACUUUUUUAACACAUUACUAUUACAUUGUAUGAUGUACAUAUUUAAGAUGUAUUUGAUUUCAAUAAAGUUUAUAUUACAAACAGAAAA